CCCCGCGGCGGCGCGGAGAUGUGGCCCCUGGUGCUGCUGCUGCUGCUGGGCUCGGCGUGCUGCGGUGGAAAUCAAUUGCAGAACAAAGCUUAUUUGUAUCUCUAUGGACACGAAUCAUUUGCAUUAUCAUCAGUUUUCUACAACUUACAAAAUUGUGAAAGAGCACAGUCAAACACAGCGAAAGGCACAAGGCCCUGUAGAAUCAGAUAUUCCCAAAGGAUCUGUCAGACAAUGCCCAGCAUGCCACUGAAACGACACCUGGUUCAGCUCAGCUAAUAUUUAACGUUAUCAAGUCUGUAGAAUACACCGUUUGCAAUAAAACUGUCAUCAUCCCAUGCUUCGUUACUAAUGUGAAGGCGACAAACAUUAGUGAUAUGUUUGUAAAGUGGAAAUUUAAAGGAAAAGACAUUUUCAUCUAUGAUGGACAAAAUCAAAAUCAAAUGUCCCCUUCCAGCAAAGGCUUUAAGAGCGCAGAAAUCACACCCUCAGAGUUACUAAAGGGCGUUGCAUCUCUGAAGAUGGAUAAGAGUGAUGCCUGUGUAGGAAACUACACCUGUGAAGUAACAGAAUUAAGCAGAGAAGGCGAAACCAUCAUAGAACUAAAAUAUCGUGUCGUUUCGUGGUUUUCUCCAAAGGAAAAUAUCCUCAUUGUUAUUUUCCCAAUUUUGGCUAUACUUCUGUCCUGGGGACAGUUUGGUAUCGUGACACUUAAAUAUAAAUCCAGUGAUACAAAGAAGAAAAUCAUUUUUAUAUUUGUUGUUGGACUAGUGCUCACUAUAGAUGUCAUCGUUGGAGCCAUUCUGUUUGUCCCAGGUGAAUUUUCAACAAAGAAUGCUUGUGGACUUGGUUUACUUGUAAUACCCACAGCAGCGUUAAUAUUACUUCAGUACUGUGUAUUUAUGAUAUCGUUCAGGAUGACCGCCUUCACCAUUGCCAUAUUGAUCCUCCAGGGGCUAGGCUUUGUGCUCGCUGUGGAUGGACUUAGUCUCUGUAUCACAGAGUGCACGCCAGUGCAUGGCCCUCUUCUGAUUUCAGGUUUGGGUAUUAUAGCUCUAGCAGAAUUACUUGGAUUAAUUUAUAUGAAAUUAGCUGCUUCCAAUCAGACGACUAUACAACCUCCUAGGAAAGCUGUAGAGGAACCCCUUAAUGCAUUUAAAGAAUCAAAAGGAAUGAUGAAUGAUGAGUAACUGAAGUGAGGUGAUGGACUCUGAUUUGGAGAAUAGUAAGAUGUGAAAGGAAUACACUUGUGUUUAGCACCGUGGCCGUGAUUCACUGUUCCGGAGAAGAAAACAAGAAAAGGAACUGGUUUUCCUCUAUGGGAGAAAGUAAAUCAUUGACCUUUAAAUGAUUGUUACAAUUAAGUUUUUAUUCAAAGCAUUUGUAAUUUAGUUAAUAAAAGAAUUAUGAUCUGUGUUGUGUGCCCAA